AGAUGUGAGUUAGCUCUAAAGAAAACACAAAGGAGAAGAACAAACCAACAAGAAAACACAAACACAGAGAUGGGAAUCACAGAAAUCACACUGAACAAUGGCAAGAAAAUGCCGAUUCUGGGAGUAGGCACAGCAGAUUUCCCUCUGCCACCACCAGAAGUUGUGGUAAAAGCAGUGCUUGAGGCCAUUCAGGUUGGCUACAGAAUGUUCGACACUGCUGCUCUGUAUGGUACAGAGCCAGCACUCGGUGAAGCCAUAUCUCAGGCUCUUGAUCUCGGCUUGAUCAAGUCUCGCGACGAGCUCUUCAUUACCUCCAAGCUCUAUUCCAAUGAUAAUCAUGCUGAUCGUGUCCUCCCCGCGCUUCAAAAGACUCUAAAGAAUUUGAAGCUGGAGUAUCUUGAUCAGUAUCUUAUACAUUGGCCGGUGAGCAUAAAGCCCGACGCAGUCCUGUUUCCACCGAACCCUGCAGAUGUUGUUCCGAUGGACAUAAAAGGCGUCUGGACCGCCAUGGAAGAGUGUCAAACACUUGGCCUUACAAAAUCGAUCGGUGUCAGUAAUUUCAGUUGCAAGAAGCUUGCUGACAUUCUGGCUUUCGCCAAGAUUCCUCCUGCAGUUAAUCAAGUCGAGAUGAAUCCGGCAUGGCAACAAGGGAAGCUAAGGGAGUUCUGCAAGGCCAACGGAAUCGUGCUGUCGAUUUACUCUCCUCUAGGAGCAGCAGGGAACAUGUGGGGAACCAAAAGUGUUCUGGAGUCCAAGGUUCUCAAAGAAAUUGCAGAGUCCAAAGGAAAAUCUGUAGCUCAGAUUGCCUUGAGAUGGGCUUAUGAGCAGGGAGUUGUUAUAGUAACCAAGAGCUUUAACAGAGGAAGAUUACAAGAAAAUCUCGAUAUUUUCGACUGGAAAUUGACGGACGAAGAUGUUCAGAAGAUUGCUGCCAUCCCACAGGCCAGAGCAAAUGAAGGACUUGGCUACAUAUCUGAAACUGGUCACAUAAAGUCAGUUGAGGAGCUCUGGGAUGGAGAGAUUUGAGUUGUUUCCACAAAGUCAUAUAGUAGUUGAUUUAUUUGAAUUGUAUUUUUUUCAGCAUGUUUAACCUUUCUUACUUCGAUAAAUAAACUCCCCUGGUUAGUCUCGAGUAAAA